CCUGUCGGCGCUCAGCGCCACUUCCGGUCUCUUGGUCCUUUUCCGCUGCUUUCGGCGGGUAUCUCUGGGCACCCGGUUGUUCCUUGCCGGUGGCCGGUUCUCUUGGCACUUCUUCUCGGACUCCCGCGGCUCGUUCCCCACCCACAGCUCCUAGCGGCUCCGUCUUCGUGGGAGCCGCCGACUUCGCGGGCGCCUCUGUCCUCGCAGCGCCUCGGGCCCAGGCCUGCCCCGCGAGCGAACCGGCGCACACCUGAGCGCGUCCCUGCGGAGCUGUGCCGAGGCCGCCGCGGUCUCGGGAUGCCGCGGCCGGGGUUCGCGCCGCGCUGGGCGGCCGCCGCGGGCCGUUGGGGACGCAGGCUGCUCGCGCUCCUGCUGCUGUUGCUGGCGCCCGGGCCUGGCGGCGCCUCCGAGAUCACCUUCGAGCUGCCUGACAACGCCAAGCAGUGCUUCUACGAGGACAUAGUUCAGGGCACCAAGUGCACCCUCGAGUUCCAGGUGAUUACUGGUGGUCACUAUGAUGUAGAUUGUCGAUUAGAAGAUCCUGAUGGCAAAGUGUUGUACAAGGAGAUGAAGAAGCAGUAUGAUAGUUUUACCUUCACAGCUUCCAAAAAUGGGACAUACAAAUUUUGUUUCAGCAAUGAAUUUUCUACUUUCACACAUAAAACUGUAUAUUUUGAUUUUCAAGUUGGAGAAGACCCACCUUUGUUUCCUAGUGAGAACCGAGUCAGUGCUCUUACCCAGAUGGAAUCUGCCUGUGUUUCCAUUCAUGAAGCCCUGAAGUCUGUCAUUGACUAUCAGACUCAUUUCCGAUUGAGAGAAGCACAAGGCCGAAGUCGGGCAGAGGAUCUCAAUACAAGAGUGGCUUAUUGGUCAGUAGGAGAAGCCCUCAUCCUUUUGGUGGUUAGCAUAGGGCAGGUAUUUCUUCUGAAAAGCUUUUUCUCAGAUAAAAGAACCACCACAACUCGUGUUGGAUCCUAACUGUGUUGUGAGAAGUGACACACCAUUGCCACUGUAAAAUUGUCUUCUAAUUUUAGGUACUGGAGAACUUAAUAUUGGCAACAGUUUAAAAUCUUGCUCAUAUACUUGUUGGGAGAGAUGUUUAAAUCAUACCCCAAACUAUGGCAAGGACACCUUUAUUUAUUUGUAAAGGUGGAAAAACUUUGGAACUUACUUUGGGCUGUUCAUGUUAAAUUCAACACCAAUGAUCUGGGUUUUUUUCUUGGUUGUUUAUUUCUACUCUUCACACACUAAACUUUGGUAUCUUGAUUCCUUUUAAUCACUUAAAAGUAUUUUUCUUGUAGUUGAUAUUUUAAAAACCUUAGAUUUAAUGUCUAUAUCUGUUAUGGAGGAAGAAAAUGCCUUUUAUUUGUGUAUAGUGAAUAAAGUUAUGUUUUUAAGGAAACCAAA